AAAUUGACAUUUUAUAUUAUCGUUAAUGAGCAUUGUAACAUUUUGUACGUAAAGCUACUGAGUAUUAUUAUAGUCUUACCUAUUACACUUAUAAUUAUAUUAGACCACUGCAUAUCAGGUAAACACUAUGGCCGAUUGGCAUACACCGACACAGGUACAAAGAGCACUAGCAAUCAUGUGGACAAAACUUGAAAAAUCUACUGUACCAUUAAAGGACAUAUCAGAAGAAAAUCUAAUAAGCUACUUUGGUAUCAAGAAACCAGUCCCACAAAAAUUGCAGUACGAAUUGCUUUUUAACUCGAAUGAGUCAUUCGAUCUGAAAUCAAAAAAAGAUAGUUGGAGAAGUCAAAAAGAAAUACAAGACAAUAUUUAUAAAGAAGAAGAUCAACGUACAAUGCCUGUGGUGACAUCCCAUUUUAUUGGUCAUCGACUCAAAAAUCUGGAAGGACGGUUGUUAAGCAACUACAUAUGUAAAGAAAAAAAUAAUAAAUAAAAAAUAAAUAUUUUAGUAGGUAUAUAAUUCUAUACUAUAAAAGCAAUAA